UGGGCAGCAGAAGCCAUAGGGCAGGAUGGGAAGGAACGGGAGGGGGCACUCAGGGCUAGGCCGGCAAGGGGCCUGCGCGCUGGCCGUCCUCCUGUUCUGGCUGUGCCUCCCACCGCUGAGCGCACAGCCGUCCAAUCAGAACAACCAGAACCUGGCGAAGGUAUGCGGGAGGAGCAAAGCCACAGAGAAGAUCUUUGGUGGCCAGGCAGCAGGACCAGAACGGUGGCCGUGGCAAGCCAGCCUGGUUUACAGAGGUGGGCACACCUGCGGAGCCACCCUCAUCUCCAGCACCUGGGUACUCUCUGCAGCUCACUGCUUGCAAAGGUCCAGAAGCCCAUCAGACUACCGCAUCCUGCUGGGGUACAACCAGCUCAGCAAGCCCACCAACUUCAGCCGGCAGAUGACAGUCCACAAGGUCAUUGUCCAUGAAGAUUACAACAGGAAGUACCGCUUUGGAAGUAACAUCACCCUGCCACAACUGAAUGUCCCUGUGGAUUUCAACUCUCACAUCCUGUCAGCCUGCCUCCCAGACAACUCAGCAGUGGUGCCCAUGAAUAGCUCGUGCUGGAUAAGUGGCUGGGGGAGGCUCACUGAGGAUGUUUUCCUACCAGCGCCAUUCCACCUGCAGGAAGCCAAGGUCAGCCUCAUAGACCAAGACAGAUGUGAGAAGUUUUACAUUCCUCACCCAGCCAUACCGCCAGACCAGGCUGUGACUGUGCAGGAGGACAUGAUAUGUGCCGGAGACACCAAGGUUGAAAAGGGCAUCUGCCGAGGAGACUCUGGGGGACCCUUGUCCUGCUUCUUGAAUGGUGCCUGGCAUGUGGUUGGGUUGAGCAGCUGGAACUGGGAUUGCCGUAGUCCCAUUGGCUACAGCGUCUUCGUCAGGAUCACCUACUUUGCCAACUGGAUCAAGGAAAAGCAGCGGGUCAACCCUGCCCCCAACCCCUCCUCAGCUCCUCCUCAGGAGAAGCCCCCUGCCAUGACCAAUAACCCUAUUCCCGAAGUGGGCACUGUGUGCCAGCCCAGCUUCUUCCUGCUACUCCUCUUGUCUGCCACUGUGCCUCUGCAGCUUGUCCUCCAGAGCCUGUGACGGGCCUGGCUGCCUCUCCAGGAGCCUCUGCUCAGGGCCCUGCGCUUCCACACGUACUUCCAUCUCAGGGUCUUCCUGUUCAUCAGAGGUCAGCAGAAGUAAACCAAGUCAAGAAACUUCUCA